AUGCAUAAGCCACUGGAUUUUGACCCCGCUAAUAAUGUGAGUGCUGAGAUCGAUUCGGAUUCGAUACGUUUUUCUAGUGGUUCUGCGGAGAUUAAGGAUUUUUUUACUCGUUCGGGUAAGAUCUUAGGAUUCUCCUGCCCGAACGUUACACGCGUUAUGUGUACUGAUCAACUGAGUGCGAUCCGAACAGCACAGCCUCUCGGUAAACGGCGAAUCGUCUCGGCACCGAUAACUCAGAGGUACGGCAUGGAACCGGUAGUUGUGGCUGCUUGGCGGUUGGGCUCGACGCCCGUUCGAGGAGGAAUGUUUUGCACGAGAUCGAGUGGUGUGACGAUGGUAUUGAUAUCGCGAAAUCAAUUCAGUGAUAGCAAAUCUCAACGAAAAGAGGACACUACCCAAACUCAUCGAUCUCUCCCCGAACAUCAAUGA